AUGGCCGGCUUCGUUUGCCAUAUUCUGCUGGUUUUCCUCUUCACCCGGGAAACGGCUUACGGCACUUCAUUCGGAAACAGUCUGUCCGAUCCGCUGCUAGAUCCGGACUUUAUCGACAGUCCGCCGAUGGUGCAGCCGAAGUUCACCUCCCGGUCGCAGUCGGUCCGUGCCGUCAUUGGCGAUACGAUUACGCUUCCCUGCGAGGUGGAAAAUCUAGGUCGCAACAUACUGCUCUGGCGUCGAGGGAGUGCCGUCGUAACGGCGGCCAAUCUUAUCAUUACCCGCGACACACGGUUCAAGCUGCUCGAGGGCUACAGUUUGCAGAUUAAAAACGUACGCCCGCAGGACGCCGGGGAUUACAAUUGCCAAAUCGGUGACCACGACAACCGGGAUCUGGUGCACACGGUCGAGAUACUGGUGCCGCCCUCGGUACGCUCCAACCCGGAAACCGGCCACGUCACCGUCCGGAAGGGUGGUACCGCGACGCUCGAGUGCAAAGCCUCCGGCAACCCCGUGCCGAGCAUCAGCUGGACAAGGAAGGAUUCGAUACACGGCUCUCCGCAUCUCUCCGAGGGACCCACACUCACGCUGGAAAAUGUGAACCGGCAGGACAGUGGAACGUACCGGUGCUACGCAGACAACGGCAUCCGGGAGCCGGUCUUCGUCGACAUGCAGCUGAUUGUCCUGUCUCCGCCGGAAAUCACGGUCGAAAAAUCCUGGGUACACGCGGGCGAAGGAUACGAGGCACAGCUAGUCUGCACCGUACACGGAGAUGCUAAUCCAGAGGUUAUGUGGUACCAGGACUCCUUUCUGUUGCAUCCCAACGACAGACGUACGAUGGAUACUCGCGGCGAAAAGCACUAUCUAACCGUCCGGAACGUUCGAGCAUCUGAUUUUGGCAAUUAUAGCUGCGUGGCGGAAAAUUCACUCGGACGCGCAAAAAAGUACAUCGAAGUAUCGGGCCGGCCCGGUCCCGCUCAGUUCCAUUCACCGAUGUACAGCAGAUAUCGGGAAAUGUAUAACCUAACAUGGAGCAUUGAAUCAUUCCCGCUGAUAGAGGAAAUAAGAUUACUUUACAGAAAAUUAAUGAUGAACGAGUCUUAUCAACAUCCGGGCAGAUGGCACGACAUCAUCCUGAACCCACCGUCAACGAGAUCGGAAUCCUUUCGGCACAUCAUGACAUACACCAUCAAGGGGCUUGAUCCGAACUCGGUCUACGAAACGAUUGUACAGGCGAAAAAUCGCUACGGUUGGAAUGAGGUGAGCGACAUUUUCCAGUUUUACACCCUCAGUACGGACAUGCCGAACGAAGACGUGGAGCAAACGCUCGGUUCGACAGCAUACGGCAACAACUACCGGGCACUGAAUCAUUGCACCACACUCAGGAGCGAACUAAUCCUGGGAACGAUUAUUCUGAGCUUAGCGUCGGCCGUUUGGCGAUUGGUAAGAACAUAA